AUGCGCGUUUCUGUGCCACAUCUACCUGCUACUCUGCUCGGACGAGCCCCUGUUCCGUUUGUUCCCAAAGAUGUCGCCGUUGAACGUAUCACGAACUUCUUGAAGCCGGGAAAUGUCGCAGUCCUCACAGGAGCUGGGAUCAGCGUCGAUUCCGGAAUCAAGGCGUAUAGAGGCAAGGAUGGACGCUACAUGAAUCCAGAUUAUAGGCCCAUAUUCUACCACCAGCUCAUCGAAGAUAGUGAACGAGGGCAUAAGUUCCGGCAGCGUUAUUGGCUGCGAGCGUACAUCGGUUAUCGACCUGUAAAGUAUACAGAGCCCAAUCCCACUCAUUACUGCCUUGCUGCACUCCAGUACGCAAACGUUGUACCUCAACUGAUUACGCAAAACGUCGACGGGCUUCAUUCUCGGGCUGCUUCACGUGUAUGGGAUGACGCCUAUAUAGGACAACGUUUACUCGAGUUGCAUGGAACCAUCUAUAAAGUGCAAUGCAUGCAUGGACAUGUCUACGACCGAGAAACAUUCCAGCGCUGGCUGAGCGAAGCCAAUCCACAGUGGGCGACUUACAUGGACGAUUUAGAACACUCCGGCGUAAAGCCCAAGACCAACCCAGACGGCGAUGUCGUGCUCGACGAGUCAGUGUCCUAUGACGAUUACGUCGUCCCAAAUUGCCCAGAAUGUGCUAAGGUCGGCCGGGUGACGAACAUCAUGAAGCCGGACUUCGUGUUCUUUGGGGAGAGCCUUAGCGACGCCGUCAAAGCGCGCAGUUACCGCAUCGUUGAAGAAGCCGACCGAUUCUUCGUGCUAGGAACCACUCUCGCGACUUAUUCGGCAUACCGUUUGUUGAAGCGGGCGCUGGAACUAGGGAAACCUGUGAUGUUCCUUAACGUUGGGCCCACACGCGCAGACGGGCUACCGGGCGUUGAGAAGCUUGAGGUGCCUGCGGGCUUGGUCAUGCGCGACGUAGUGCGCUCCGUCGUUGGUAUCCGAGCUAACUACGACCCCUCCUUGCGCGAUAUGCUUCUUAGCGGUGUCGUCAAACAGCCGGCCGAUUAUGGCGAGGACCACUCGGAACCGCCAAGCGUUGACCAGUCUCUCAGUGCGGCGCCUUUUGAAGCAGUCAAGGCGUAG